CAUAUUUUAGACAAAAUGAUCAGUAAACUGAUAGGUCAGAAGUAUGUCGCCAUUGCCAAGUCAUGGAUCCCAACUAUGGCUGUAUGGGGCACAACAGGAAGCGUAGCUCUGGUCUACCUAACAGACUGGCGAUUGAUUUUGGAUUAUGUUCCCUACAUCAACGGCAAAUUUAAGAAGGAUGAUUAGUGGCAAUCAGGUUGGUGCUGUCUCUUUUUUUUUUCUACACCAAGACCUACAUAAUGAACAUGAAGUGCUGCAGCCGACACUGUGUACUGUGUUCCAACUACAUGGCAAACCACUGGAGCCCAUCAUCUUCAUCCAGCUGCUCAGUCAGCAUUGAACUGUUCACCACAAAUAUCCACGGAAAUGCACCAGGAUUUGGCAUUUCAACGUUCCUCUGUCACUGAAAACAAGAGUGGAAGAAAAUGGACGCGAUACAUGUACUUUUCUUUAUUGGUUUAACGAUGGGUAUUUAUUCAUCUGUGCUCUGUGGGUCAGGUUUUGAUCCUUGAUUGUAACUGUUUUAAAGAGAACAAGUAAAGUAUGUGCGAUUUAUCCUA